GGAAGUGGUGCGGGACCACAUCGAAGGCCUUGCUCAAGUCCAGGGAGAUGACAUCAGUUGCCCCCCUGGAGUCCAUCAGUGCCAUCUCUGCAUCACAAAAAGCCACCGCGUGGCUCAGGCACGAUCUGCCCUCGGUGCCGCCCUGCUGGCUGUCCAGGAUCGCUUCUCCAUCCCUCAGCUGCCUCCACAUCUCUUCCAGGAAGAUCUGCUCCAUCACCCCAAAUACACACGAGGUCACCGUGACUUACGCACGAGGCAGGUGUAGCGUGGAAACUUCUCACUCUGAACAGAAGCCAAGCUGAGGACACGACGCGCUCGUUGGAGGGAUUUCCCACCCUGUGUCCUGCGCAGCGCAGACAAAGCAAGGUCUCCUCUCUAAACAGGCGACUCUUGGAUGUGUUCUGGGACAACGCACCCCAAUGGGACACGGCCAACACACUUCUUUCUUAACGUUCUUUAUUGCUGCAGCACAAACCUGGACAGCCACAGCUGAUGGAACCAGCGGUUGUGCAGGAGUGGACUGCGGCGCCUGCAGUGGCACCGUGCUGAUACACAACAGUCCGUGUGUGGUACUGUCUGGAGACGGGGAGGGGAAGAGAAUGGAAAUGGGAUGGAGAGGGCAAGAAAAGAGAACGGGAGGGGGAGCCCCAAAGGCUCUGUCCUUGCAGUGACUUCGUGCCCCCCGUGCCGCUCCGUUUUGCUCACCCACCUGCUCCUGGUGCUCGCCACGGAGCAGCAGCAAACUUAUAGCAAGUUGUGGCCAUCAGGAGGAGGAGUAUGAGAUGGGAAAAGGCCAUAGCUCCCCACACUCGUCCCAUGCUGUCACCAGCACGGCUGCAGCCACAGCAAGUUGAUGACAUGGCAGGCACAGAGCAGUGCCUGUGACACCACGGGACAGCGUCACAGAGGGGCACUGUGAGCUCAGGGCAGAGGGGCUGACCCCAGCGCUCACGGAACCCCCCACUGCCACUCUCGAGCUGCCACGGCAGAGAGAAUUCCUCCACGGACGCUGACGGUGCUUCCGACACCCGACGCAACUUUAUUUGGAUCAUUGUGCCCCCACCGGCCACUGCUGCGAUGCAGACCACCAUUGGCGGAGCAGUGCCCGUAUCCUUCCAGCCCAUCCCUGCCCCCAAUGUCACCUCCAUGGUGCCUCAGGCCUCUGUCCAGCCGGGGGUACCAGGUGUGCAGGGACAGGGAGCGCAGCUGCCACCUGGGGCGAUGCCUCAAACUGUGCUUCAGCUGCCAGCUGGGGCAAUGCCCGCAGCAGUGGUUCAGCUGCCACCUGGGGCAAUGCCCCAAACUAUGGUUGAGCUGCCCCUUGGGGCAAUGCCCUAUACUGGGGGUCAGCUCCCACCUCAGGGGGUAGUCCCAAUGGUGGAUCUGAUCCCACCACAGGGGCUGCACUCCAUGGUGGCUCAGCUCCCACCACCUGGGGCAAUGCCCCCAACUGUGCUUCAGCUGCCAGCUGGGGCAAUGCCCCAAACUGUAGGCCCGUUCCCACCUCAGGGGGUACCCCCAACAGUGGGUCAGCUCCCAAUUCAGGGGGUACCCCCAACUCUGGGCCCGCUCCCACCUCAGGGAUUGCCCCCAACUGUGGGCCCUCUCCCACCUCAGGAGGUGCCCCCAAUUGUGGUUCAGCUCACACCUGAGGGGCUGUACACAAUUGUGGGUCAUCUGCCACCCGGGGAGAGGCAGUUACCCCUCCUCCAGCUCCUACCCGGCGGGAUGAAGCCGGGUAUGCCUCCCCCCAAUGCCCCUGCCCACUGCUGGCAACAUCCCCGGCUGGCAGGGAAGCGGCAGCGGCAGCGCCCGCAGCCGAUGGGGCAGCGGCCCGGGGCCGUGUGCCGUGGGAAGCCCCCGCAGCCCGCAGGCAGCUGCCCGCUGCAGGCCCCCGGCCGCCCCGGCCCCUCCACGCUCCUCCGAGCACCUGCAGUGCAGCAGCGGGUGCUCCCCGGGCCCUGCACCCUGCCCGCCAGCUGGGAGCAGGCGACGGGGCCCUUUGCAGAUGCCGUGGCGCACACCCAGGAGCAGCGGCACCCAGCGCCCACCAACGUGUGCCCCCAUCCCGCCACGGCUCCGCUCGGCUGCAGCAGCGCAGCGCUGGAAUCAGGAGGUGAGUUUGGGGGCUGCGCAGCGGGCGGCAGGCUGUCCGCACCGGGUGGCUGUGGGAAAGCUGGCAUUGCCCCACUGGGGAUGUUCUUGCUUUUCCAGCAGCGACAAUGAGCUCAGACGUCCCGGAGGACAUCAGCGACAUCCAUUGCCUCCUGACUUGGAUCAACAACGGUGAGUUUGGGGGCAGCAGAGCCGGCAGGGGUUGUCUGCACCGGGUGGCUGCGGGAAGGCUGUGCUCAUCGUUGUGGGGAUGCUCUUGCUUUUUCAGAAGCGAUGAGUCUUCGCGAGGUCCCCCAGCCCAGCAACGACCUGCUGUGGAGGCAGCCCGAGCCGGCCGAGUGCCCAGCGCCCGCCCGCACCACCACAGGGCACGAGCAGCGCACUGGCAGCAUCCAGGCCCCAAAGAGGAAGCUGCCGCAGGGCCGGGAUGCUCCAGAAGCGAAACGCCGGCGCUAGGCGAGGCUGGGUGGGCUCAGCACAAGCGGGAGCGCCCGCAGAAACCGUGCCUGGAGCCCUGGGCUCCUCGCCGGCCCCCGCGGCACACACAGAGCAGCGGCAGUGCUCCAGGGGCACCAGCACCGGCCCCGGCCCUACCCCUCCAAACCUGGGCUGUCCACCACCACCACCGUGCACUGUGACCUCCGUUACAUCACCUUAUCUUAUGUUA